CCGGGCGGGAACGGAGGAGAGCGCGGGCGGCGGCGGCGUGCGCGGCAGACAUGGCCGGGCCGCCGCUGGGAACGCACGCGCUGUACGCGCCGCGCCUCCCGGGACCGCGCUAAACGUCCGGCGGGCCGCGCCCGGCGACACCAUGGACGUGGUGACGCCGCACAUCACCUCUGUGCUGAGGACGUACCAAGCCAGCGCGCCGCGCAGCCUGCAGGGCCCGGGCGGGGCUGCCAGCGGGCCGGGGCCGGCGGGAGCGCGCUCGGCCGCCGCGCCGCCGCCGCCGCCGCCGCCCCGGCCCGCGCCGCCCAUCCUGCUGGCCGCCGACCCGGUGCUGGGCGAGCGCGGAGAGACCGCCCUCGAGGGCGAGCCGAUAUCGUGCUUCAGCGUGGGCGGAGAGAGGCGCCUGUGCCUGCCACAGAUCCUGACCUCGGUUCUAACGGACUUCACGCUGGAGCAGAUCAACAGGGUGUGCGACGAGCUGCAAAUCUACUGCUCGCGCUGCACGCCGGAGCAGCUGCACGAGCUCAAGUCAGAGGGCGUGCUGCCCCGCUCGGCGCCGUCGUGCGGCCUCAUCACACAGACGGACGCGGAGCGCCUGUGCGCGGCGCUGCUGCACGCUCCGGCCUCCGCCCCUCGCCGCCUGGGGGGCUUCCGCGUGUAUCACGAGUGUUUCGGGGGCGCGAGCGGGGUGUGCUCGCCGGAGCUGGGGCUGGUGCAGUGCGCGGAGUGCCGCGGAGUGUUCGCGCCUCGCCGCUUCGUGUGUCACUCUCACGGCACGGAACACCGCACGUGUCACUGGGGCUUCGACUCUUCCCGCUGGAGACGCUUCGUGCUGGUGUCGGAGGAGGAGCGGGACAAGGACGAGUGCGGCGCCCUGCUGGACGAGCUGGCCGCCAGGGAGGCCGCCGCGCCGGCACACGCGCCCCCUACUGUGGUGAAGCAGCACGCGCCGCUCAAGAGGAAACAGGUGGUGGAGACGAUAGUGUGCAAGACCGAGCCUCCCGAGUCGCCUCCCAAGAAGACGCGCGGCGAGGAUUACAGCUACGCGAUAUAUCUGGACCCGUACGCUCAUCUGCGGUAUCGGCCGUCCUUCAGGCCCUGGGGCAAGAGGGAGCCCGAACUGCAGCACCCCGAGAGGGUGGUCCGCGUCGCCGACUGCAGCCGCUUCGAGCACGACUUCCAGCCGAACGUGGCGCUGAAGCCGCUGACUCCGCCCGUCGACGACGUCACUUCCUCCACGUCACCUCCGCCCUCCGAACUCACCGCCCGCCUGCUGGACGCCGAGGCCAGGCUGUCGGAGAGGGAGAGGCAGCUGGACGACCGGGAGGCGGAGCUCGCCAGGAGAGAGCUGCGGCUGCAGGAGAGGGAGAGGGAGAUGGACAGAAGAGAGAGAGAGAUGCAAGAUAAACACGAGCCCUCGGAGCCUUGUUGACCAGUGACAGUGACAGCUGACAGCUGACAGUACAAGUGACGAUCGGAUACGAGCACGUUAUACAAUAGUUUAGUACGGUGUACAUAAUCACUCGCAAGUACAGUAAUCGAUGUUUAGGAUUUUUUUUGUAUCUAUACAGUUUUUUUCUCGUAGUCUUCGAUGUGUGCCAUUCCGUAGGUACCGUUACCUUACGUAACCUCCAUGCUUUUCGAUGAUAACAUAAUACUCACCUUAUAAUAUGAUAGCGUAGCCUACGACCGUAAGCAUAAUUUAUACAGGGUUAUUUUUUAAGCAGCGGUUUCGGAACGUUUAUUUAUAUAUUUUUUUUUAAUGUUCACUCUCGUUACCAAAUAGUUUACGACGUAACACUUAUUGUAAUAUACGGUUGGACACCUCGAUAAAUAACUCUGUAUAAAGACCUCAUUUGUACCAAAUCAAAAAUGUCCGUCUUCAUUGGAAGGUCGUCACGUUUGCAGUACACAGAAACUAUUGUACAUACCUAUUGUAGCGGACAUGUUUCUGUCGGAAGGGACGACGCGAUAACAGAAGCGAAUAUGUACAUACUUGUGUAAGGUUAAAGUAAUUCAUAUUUAAAACUCGGCCUAAAACUUGUAAUGGACUACAGAAUUUUAGAUUUAAAGAAGCUGAGACAUCAAAGCUGUCGUAUGAAAGGGGCACUCCCGUAUCUACCUCAUUGUAUAUAAAAUAUUUGGCUAAAAUAAAAUUAAGCGGAUUUUCAUUUAGGACCUAAUUUUGAGUCUGUAUUUUGGAGCAAUAAUUUUUUGAAAGGAAAUACAGUUUUAACUCUCACUGCCUGAAUUAAUUCUAGACGUGUCUUUACACUUUAUACUCUGCGCGACCCGGUCAUCGCGCGAGUCAUCACGCGAGUCAUCACACGAGUCAUCAUCACAACCUAUUUCUAUUACGUUCAGCGUCCGCCGCGCCGGCGACUGCACUCCUGGACCGAGCGGCGCUCUCGUCGCGUUCCUCGUGUUCCUGAACGUCACCGGUUCGCUUCGGUGGAAGCCCUGACUGUGAUCGUGUGUCGCCGCUCCUUAUUCGCUCGGUAGCUCUUUAUUCGUUCGGAAUACGCUGGAGAGACUGGAUCGGCUCGUUUGUAUUGUGAAAGUUAUAUUUAUCGGAUAUAAUAUCCGAUUGGUUCAGUAGUUGCUACUUCGGUUCCCGGCGAGCGCCGGGGGUAGGUUUAAAACGUGAAAUGUGAUUUCACUCUAAGAAGUGACUGUUUUAUAGUUUGGCAAAGCUCAAACGUCUGUAGACACUACGUUUUUUUUUACGUUCGUUUUAUUUCCUCUGUGCGAUGUCACGCCGUAGGUAGUUGUGAUGUAUUCAGUAACGUAUAAGACGGUACCUCUAGUCAGGGAGUUUUCAUGAAAGUAAUAAAUUACCAUUUACUUUAAUAUAUUGUAACAGGGACGGCUGGCGGGGAUAACUUAUUUUUAACGUUUAUAAUGAUUAGAUUCAGUGUCGGUGUGUAAAUUUAGUUAAAACUGAAACUUUUCUGUCAAUGUCAUUUUUUUUUUUAUUUGAUCACGUCUUUUGGUGCUAUAAUAAUUUCGGCUUGGCUAACUUAGCGGUAAAUGUAAAUAUUAUUAUAUAAUUUACUAUUUAUUGGUAUUUCGUUUUUAAUAUUGUUUUUUAAAGACAAAGUUGUUUUUUUUUCUAUAUAUUUUUCCGAUCGAUGUAACAGUAUAUAUAUAUUUCGGCCGCGCAAAGACGAAUAAACACUAUUGUAUAGAGGUUAACGAACACUGCCAUUACACUUUAUCACAGCGAUGGCUCUCACGGACUCGUUACUCGACACCCACUAGAGCAGUCCGAGGUCGGACGUGUUUAUUUGUUUUUGAUAAAGGAAAUUAAAUUAAAUCAGUGUUAAUACGUAGAUUGUAUCGUCGAUGGAAAGGUUCCGCUCUCACUGUCUCCGUGAAGGUGCUAGCGCUGUUCAUUACUCGACGUGUAAAUAACAGCUAAUGAAUGAGACAAAUGUCACCGCUGUGGAGCUGAGAGAGUUGUAAAUAUGAGCGUUUGUGAGUCUGUUGUGGAUAGAGUAGUUUAGACGCUGAGCCCGACCGACGGCUGGGACGCCUCGGUGCCGACGGUUAUACUAGCGGCGGUGUAGACUGGGGUUCCAGCGAUCGUUGGCCAGGGUAACGAACACCUGUGAUCUCAAUGUGUGAAUGUAAACCUGUUUCAAUGAGCAGUCGCAAGUGGCUCUAUAUUUUUAUAAUUUAUUAACAUUAAAAUCAUCCGCGGUUUAUAAAAUAGAUCAUAGAUCAUGUGUGAUCGUUUUACUUAUUGUCGUUUGACGGAUUUAAGACACUAGAUGGCAGCUGCAGGCAAAUAUCCUCCCUGAUGUUUAAAACGUUAUAUAAUUUAUUGUCCUCGUUGACUUUUCACUAAUCAUUUAUCACGUAUUAUUCUUGUAUAACAAAUAUUCAAUAUAAGUUCAGAGAGCUGUUUUCUUGUGAUUUUCUCAAUGACUUUAUUAUCUGUAUUCAUUUUUUUUUUUCAUAGCUAUUGAGCGUAGUAUAGUGUAAUGUGCCAAUUAUGAACAUCCUCAUCAGAGGGGCCACAACGAUAAGUAAAACGGUUAACACGAAUAGUUGAACAACUUUAAAAAUAUCCAUAUUUUCACGGCAUUCGUUUUGUACAAUUUAUUUAGAAUGUAAAGUGACGUGUUUAUAUAAUAAUAUUGUAUGAUACAUCAUGCUUCAUGUUCGACAAACAAAAUGAAAACGCCAUCUAUCUGCGAGGGUCUGACGUGAAUUGUUGUUUAAAAAUCAAGUCCUCGGAAGUCGAAUGCUUUUCUUGCCAAGAAGAAUGAGAUUAAAAAAAAAUUUAAUGGAAAAAGUAAUUUUGAAAUUCUUGCCUUCAUUGAGUCUGAACAUCGUUUUAUUUACGUUUUCGUAAAGAAGAUAGAAAAUGCACACUUGAAUAGAAAAUUUUAAAAGACCUAAGUACGUGAAAUUCAAACCUCGACCGACAGAUGGCGUUGCAAUAAAUGUUGCAAUUCAACACAAAUGUUAUUAAAUUAUUUAUGAAACAUAUUAUUUAAUAACGUUUAAUAUUAAUUUUUAUAUAAAAGUAAAUGUAACGAGCAUAAUCUGCCGCGGCUGUACGAGUUGGGCAUCUUGUUUAUGUACUGUGUGUGUUCAGAAACGACGUCAAUAGACGACCUCAAUACACGUGAGCUUCCACGUCCGUCGGAAGUCGGAACAACAAGACAGAUCGUAUAUUGUAAUGUACCUGAUAAUUAGAAUGCUAAGUUAUAAAUAAUGGUUCUGUUGUGCACACAUAGUCGUAACCGAUGUGUGUCUGCUGGGAAGGCUUGACUACCUUGUGGAGCAAUAAAUGGAAUAAUUUUCAAA